GAAAGUGUGACCUUGGGUUAAACGGCCCAAACAAACAUUUGGAGUGGCGUGGAGAGGGGAGACCACCCUUUUUGAAAGAUAAAAAGGAUAAGGAAAGAAGAAAAAGACAAUAAAAUCACGCUUCUCACCCACCUCACUUGCGCUGCUUACUGAACUCUCACUCUACUCUCGACCUUCCCCCUUCUCCCUCUUCUUCUUCUUCUUCCCCAAUUCUUCCCUCUCUCUCUCAGAGAGAAGAGAAAGCUCAGGGGAAAGAAAAAAUGCGAUUCGUAAUACUAGUGCUACUGCUUCACUUACAUUUCCACUACCAUUCACUCGCAGCUACGCCACCACGCAUACCGGAAUACAGGGCUUUACUUUCUCUCAGAACCGCCAUCUCUUAUGACCCCGAAUCCCCACUCGCCGCCUGGAAUAUAUCCACCAGCCACUGCACCUGGACCGGCGUUACUUGCGACGCUCGCCGUCAUGUCGUCGCUCUCAAUCUCUCCGGCCUCAACCUCUCCGGGUCUCUCUCCUCGGACAUCGCCCAUCUUCGCUUCCUUGUCAACCUUACCCUUGCUGCCAACCAGUUCGUCGGCCCAAUUCCUCCGGAGCUCUCUCUUGUCUCUGGUCUCCGACAACUUAACCUCUCCAACAACGUUUUCAACGAAACUUUCCCCUCUCAGCUCGCGCGCCUCAAGCGCUUGGAGGUUCUAGACUUGUACAACAACAACAUGACUGGAGAUUUGCCUCUUGCUGUCACUGAAAUGCCGAAUCUCAGGCACCUCCAUCUGGGUGGAAACUUCUUCACCGGCAUCAUCCCGCCGGCGUACGGCCAGUGGGAGUUCCUUGAGUAUUUGGCCGUCUCUGGAAACGAGCUCCACGGUCCUAUUCCGCCGGAGAUCGGAAAUCUAACCAGCCUUCAACAACUCUAUGUUGGCUACUACAACACCUACGAUGGAGGCAUUCCUCCGGAGAUAGGAAACCUGACAAGCUUGGUCCGGUUGGAUAUGGCCAACUGUUUGUUAUCCGGCGAGAUUCCGCCGGAGAUCGGGAAGCUUCAGAAUCUCGAUACCUUGUUUCUUCAAGUGAAUACGCUCUCUGGUCCUCUCACUCCCGAGCUUGGAAAUUUGAAGAGUUUGAAAUCUAUGGAUCUAUCCAACAACGUGCUCGCGGGAGAGAUUCCGGAGGCGUUCGCGGAGUUGAAGAAUUUAACGCUGUUGAAUCUGUUCAGAAACAAGCUUCACGGUGCGAUACCGGAGUUCAUCGGGGAUUUGCCGGAGCUGGAAGUUUUGCAACUGUGGGAGAAUAACUUUACCGGAAGUAUUCCUCAGGGACUUGGAAAGAACGGGAAGCUUCAGCUUCUGGAUGUUUCCUCCAACAAGUUAACUGGAAAUCUUCCUCCUGAUAUGUGUUCAGGCAAUCGGCUUCAGACUUUAAUCACUUUAGGGAACUUCCUAUUCGGUCCCAUUCCGGAAUCGCUUGGAAGGUGCGAAUCGCUGAGUCGGAUUCGAAUGGGGGAGAAUUUUCUCAAUGGAUCCAUUCCUAAAGGGCUUUUUGACUUACCUAAGCUUACUCAGGUUGAGUUGCAGGAUAACUACCUCACUGGAGAAUUUCCGGAGAUUGAUUCCACCCCGGACAGUCUUGGACAGAUAAGUCUUUCAAAUAAUCAGCUAACCGGAUCGCUGCCGCCCAGUGUUGGGAACUUUUCCGGCCUGCAGAAGCUUCUUCUGGAUGGGAAUAAGUUCUCAGGGCGAAUCCCGCCUGAGAUUGGGAUGUUGCAGCAGCUUUCGAAGAUGGAUUUUAGCAACAACAAAUUCUCCGGGGAGAUAACUCCAGAAAUCAGUCAAUGCAAGGUUCUGACAUUUGUUGAUCUCAGUCGGAACGAGCUGUUUGGUGAGAUUCCGACUGAGAUCACAGGUAUGCGGAUAUUGAAUUACUUGAAUUUGUCUAGGAAUCAUCUCAUUGGUAGCAUUCCUGCUUCGCUGGCCUCUAUGCAAAGCUUAACUUCUGUUGAUUUUUCAUACAACAAUCUUUCUGGCUUGGUUCCGGGUACUGGUCAAUUUAGUUACUUUAAUUACACCUCCUUCCUCGGCAAUCCUGAACUUUGCGGUCCUUAUUUGGGCGCUUGCAAGGAUGGAGUUGCCAAUGGCACUCACCAACCACACGUCAAAGGCCCACUCUCUGCCUCUUUGAAGCUCCUUCUCGUCAUUGGGCUGCUUGUUUGCUCAAUUGCAUUUGCAGUUGCAGCAAUCAUCAAAGCUCGGUCAUUGAAAAAGGCAAGUGAGUCGCGAUCAUGGAAGCUAACAGCUUUCCAGCGGUUGGAUUUCACUUGUGAUGAUGUAUUGGAUUCCUUGAAGGAGGACAAUAUUAUAGGGAAAGGUGGUGCAGGUAUUGUUUACAAAGGGGCGAUGCCAAAUGGAGAGCUGGUUGCUGUGAAGCGGCUACCGGCAAUGAGCCGGGGGUCUUCUCAUGACCAUGGAUUCAACGCAGAGAUACAGACUCUGGGCAGAAUUCGACACCGACACAUUGUUAGAUUACUGGGGUUCUGUUCAAAUCAUGAAACAAAUCUUCUGGUUUAUGAGUACAUGCCAAAUGGGAGCUUAGGUGAAGUUCUUCAUGGCAAAAAAGGUGGGCAUUUACACUGGGAUACAAGGUACAAGAUAGCAGUGGAAGCUGCAAAGGGUCUUUGCUAUCUUCAUCAUGAUUGCUCACCAUUAAUUGUCCACCGGGAUGUGAAAUCAAACAACAUUCUUCUUGAUUCUAGUUUUGAAGCUCAUGUUGCUGAUUUUGGUCUUGCCAAGUUUCUGCAAGAUUCUGGCACUUCGGAGUGUAUGUCUGCUAUUGCUGGUUCUUAUGGAUAUAUUGCCCCAGAGUAUGCCUACACACUGAAGGUAGAUGAGAAGAGCGAUGUGUACAGCUUUGGUGUUGUUCUCCUAGAGCUGGUGAGUGGCAGAAAACCAGUUGGGGAGUUUGGUGAUGGUGUGGACAUAGUCCAAUGGGUCAGAAAAAUGACUGAUUCAAACAAGGAAGGAGUUCUCAAAAUCCUUGAUACAAGACUCCCCACGGUUCCUCUCCAUGAGGUGAUGCACGUCUUCUAUGUAGCAAUGCUGUGCGUUGAAGAACAGGCAGUUGAGAGACCAACAAUGAGAGAAGUCGUCCAGAUACUAACGGAGCUUCCCAAGCCACCCAGCUCGAAACAGGGAGACUCAAUAGUGACAGAGUCCUCCCCACCGUCAUGCACUCUGGAGUCGCCUACCACAACCAUAAAAGAAACAAAAGACCAUCAACAGCAGCCACCACAAUCACCACCACCUGAUCUCCUUAGCAUAUGAGGCGCUGUGCAAUGUGGGAAUGGGUGUGUUUGUUCUAAAUUCCAAGAAUCCGUGUUAGCUUCCUUCUUUUUAUGUUGUCAUCUUUAAUUUUCUUCUUGGCGGGGGGUGGUUUGCUCUAACUUUAAGGUGUUAAAUGUUUGAAGUUUUUUGUGUACAGUAGGAUUGGGGGGUUGGGUUUCUUUAUAAACUUUUGUUCAUUAUGUGCUCAGUAGAACUGCUGCUGCUUGCUCUCA